AUGGCUUCUAGAGUCGGUCUUGUUCGUCCUUGUCGUUAUGUUUCCCUCCUCGGGACUCGCCAGGGCUAUACAAGUCUCGUGUCAUGCCGAUCCCGUAGUCUCGGGUUCCAAAGCCGAGGGCUGUCUCAGUCGUCACACAUCCCCGCUCAGGCCCCUCAGAAGGCUCUGAGGGUUCUUAGAGAUGUUCCUCUUCCUAUACUCUUUCGAUCUCUUCUUGUUCUUUCGGUAGCUGCUCUACCGUCGAGCAUUCUCUCGGUUAUCAUCAGAAUCACAAAGAGGCAUAGCGAGCUUCUUUCCAACUCUCGGCUUCUGCGAUGGCCUGUGCACAAGACAUUUUACAACACGUUUUGUAUUGGGUCUGAGAAUGCGGAGAUUAGGGAGAAUAUCAAGUCCCUGAGGGGGAUGGGUAUCGAUGGUAUUGUCCUCGCUUUUGCGAGAGAGACAAAGAUUGGAGACCAUGAGCAGACCAAUGUUCUUACAGAGACCAACGCCAAUCUGCGGGAGUGGGUUUCUAUGAACAUGGAGACACUCCGGAACCUGACGGACGAAGAUUAUCUUGCGCUUCGAUGCACGGGAGCUGGCCCUGCUGCUGUGGCUGCUCUUGAUGCUUUUUCAGCUUCUACACCCGGUACAAAGGAGUACGAGGCUAAUCUCGAGACUUUGCAAGUCUUUGAGGAUGCUCUUACUCGGAUUUGUGCUGAGGCUGAGAAGAAGGGUGUGAGGAUUCUUAUUGAUGCUGAGUCUUCUCUGCACCAAGCUGCUAUCGACCAUGUUGCCCUGUCUGUCAUGUCCAAGUUUAACCAAAACGGACGAGCCGUCAUCUACAACACUUAUCAGAUGUAUCUACAAGCUGGAACUUCCAAGAUGAUCAAGCACAUCCGCCUUUCCCAGGACCGGAACUUUACAAUUGGAAUCAAGAUGGUCCGUGGCGCAUACCUCCACGUUGAGGCCCGACCUGAGGCUCUUCAUAAAUGCAAGCAAGAUACAGACGACUGCUACGACAACUCGGUCAGGUUCUUGUUUGGAGGCAAGGUUGACAACAAAGAGAGCGGUUCUACCAUUGGAAAGGCACGGCCUUGGAAUGCAGAGAUUAUGCUUGCUACUCACAACGAUGCGAGUGUGCAAAAGGCUCUAUCGCUCUGGAGGAGUGGUGGUGCACUGACUGAUACACCCAACGCCAACGGAGGAACAGUCCAGAGUCUUUCAUUUGCUCAGCUAAUGGGUAUGGCAGAUGAGGUCUCUCUUGGACUUGUGGCUGACAAGAAGGACCACACCUGGACAUCUGACAGUGUCUCCAAGGAGUCUCUUCCCACUGUUGGAGUGUACAAGUAUACUAUCUGGGGAUCUUUUGAGGAGUGUCUUCUGUAUAUGCUUCGAAGGGCCGAGGAGAACCAGGAUGCUGUGGCGAGGACGAAGGGGACUGCUUUGGAGGCUUUGAGGGAAGUAGGGAGGCGAUUUGUACCGUUUAUGAGCUAA